CCGCCCCUCCCGGCUCUCUCACUCUCUCUCCGCUGUGAGGUAAAUAGAAGCGGAUCGCAAAAUGGCGGAGCUGCCCAGUCCCGUGCGAGGGGCGACGGUGGCGGCGCCUUUGCCGCCUCCUCCUCCUCCUCCGCCUCUUCUUCUUUCCUCGGCUCUGGCCGUCGACGCCCGGGUUUCCCCGCGCGGGCUCCAGCCGCCGGCCGCCAAGCGCCUGAAAGGGGACGAGCGAGGCGGCUUCAAGACGGCCAAGCGCCUCAACGGCGAGGGCCACAGGCAGCAGCCUCCUCCUCCUCCGCCGCCUCCUCACAUCCCCGUGGCGUCUUCCCCGGCAGGCCCCGCCGUGUGGAGCCUGGCCGCCUUCUCCUCAGGCGGUGGAAGCGGCCCUACCGGCGGCGGUUCCUUCGUCUUCCAGCCUCAGCUGCCCCCUAAGUUGCUUCUUCCGCCGCCUCCUCCUCCUCCUCCUCCUUCCCUCUGCCUGGCCGGCGUGGAGGCCAAGAGCAAGAAGCCCAAGGAGAAGCGCGAAAAGGAGAGGCGGAAAACCCUGCCGGGGACCACGACGGCACCUCCUCCUCCUCAGGGAAGCGGCCGGGAAGAAAACGGCGACCUGAAGAUGCUCCUCCAACAGCACCACCAUCGCCACCACCAUGAAAUCAUAAGAGAAAAAACCACAGAACGGGACAAGGAAAAGCAGAAAGAAAAGAAGAAGCACAGAUUAAUGUCUGAAAUAAAAAAAGAGAAUGGAGAAAUGAAAUUAUUUCAGAAAGACAUAAAAGAAAAAGUGAAAAGCAACGCAGACGACCUACAGAUUAAAAAAGUAAAGAAGAAAAAGAAAAAGAAACACAAAGAGUGCGAAAAACGGAAGCGUCCAAAAAUGUACAGUAAAUCCAUUCAGACCGUCUGCUCAGGAUUGCUUUCCGAUUUUGAGGAUCAAGAAGCCAAAGGCAUUGUGGAUCACCAUCAUCACCACCACCACCACCACCACCAUCUUAAAGAUUUCAACGAGAAACAUAAGAAUCCCAAGAAGGACCCUGAGCCCAAGAGAGUGGACAACAGUGAGUUUCCCUUUGUCUCGUUAAAGGAGCCACGCGUUCAGGAUAAGCUGCAAAGGUUGGACGCGCUGGAGUUCAAAGAGUUCAUUCACGUGGAGCACCAGCCUAACGGAGGUGCCUCGGUGGUUCACGCCUACACGAAGGAGCUCUCCCACUUGUCUCCUGUGGAGAUGGAGAGAUUUGCAGAAGAAUUUCUGGCUUUGGUUUUUAGUGAACAGGAGAACUGUGCUGCUCACUAUGUAAUGGGAAUUGUUCAUGGGGCAGCUACUUAUUUACCUGACUUUUUAGACUACUUUUCGUUUAAUUUUCCCAAUUCGCCAGUGAAAAUGGAGAUUUUGGGAAAGAAAGACAUAGAGACUACGACUAUGUCCAAUUUUCAUGCUCAGGUAAAAAGAACAUAUUCCCAUGGUACAUACAGAGCUGGCCCGAUGAGACAAAUCAGCUUGGUUGGAGCAGUAGAUGAAGAAGUUGGGGAUUAUUUUCCAGAGUUCCUUGAUAUGUUGGAAGACUCACCUUUGUUAAAAUGUACUUUACCAUGGGGGACACUUUCUAGUCUUAAACUAGAAAGUCGGAAAGACAGCGAUGAUGGUCCCAUCAUGUGGGUACGUCCAGGAGAACAAAUGAUUCCUGUGGCAGAUAUGCCAAAGUCGCCUUUCAAAAGGAAAAGAACUACCAAUGAAAUUAAAAACCUGCAGUACCUACCUCGUACUAGCGAGCCUCGUGAAAUGCUUUUUGAAGACAGGACGCGAGCACACGCAGAUCACAUAGGACAAGGGUUUGAACGACAGACUACAGCUGCCGUCGGAGUGUUAAAGGCAGUGCAUUGUGGAGAAUGGGUUGAACAACCUCGCAUAACCAAAGACGUAAUUUGUUUUCACGCGGACGAUUUCUUAGAGGUAGUUCAACGACUGCAGUUAGAUUUGCACGAGCCUCCACUUUCCCAGUGCGUCCAGUGGGUGGACGACGCAAAACUUAACCAGUUACGAAGGGAAGGCAUCCGAUACGCCAGGAUUCAGUUGUACGAUAACGAUAUUUAUUUUAUCCCACGGAAUGUUAUACAUCAGUUUAAGACGGUUUCAGCGGUGUGCAGUUUGGCGUGGCACGUGCGGCUCAAGCUCUAUCACUCGGAGGCAGAAAACAAAACCGCCUAUGACACGGAUCCCCCGACCGAUGCCACAUCCUCUCUGACGGGACUUCAGACUGUGGGUGCCACCCAUCCCGCGGACGUCCACGCCUCCGAAGGAACCAAAUUCUUAAAUAGCCUUCAGACUAAAUACGUGAAACAGGAGGUUUCGUGCCCGCCACACGAACCCGAUUUAUCUCUUCAGAAUCCCGAGGAGACCCUUCCCGUCAACCUUCCAGAAAAGAUGGCGCCCGCCUCCACUGCUGCAGAAUGUCCGAAAGCAAGACUGGAUCACACAUAUUUGACAGGGUGGAGACUUGAGACUGACUCAAACCCCGAGCCUGGCCACAAAUACUUACAGGACAGCGUGUGCCCCGGGGGUCAUGUGAAUCUGGAAGACACGAGACACAGGAGCUCAACUUACCCAAGUCUGCAUGGCAAACCAGAUGAUGAUUUUUUGUGUUAAGUGUGUGUGUGUGCGUGUGCGUGCGUGUGCGCGUGGGCCUGCAUAUAUGUUUUUAAAGUACUUUUAAAAUAUAAUGACAACAAUGUAAGGAGGCUUACAAUUCUGUGAGGCAGGAUGUCUUUCUUGAACUGCCCUUACAGCUGUGGCAACAUAAAAUAGUACAUGUAGCUUUGUAACAUUCCUCAGUGCCUGUCCGUAACUGUAAACUGUUUGAAAGCACUUAGGGCCAGAUGCACUGUAAACACUGCAGGUAUAACAUAAAAAAAGUCUUUAAAUAUGAGUUGUAGGUUUUAGAAUAGAGCUGACAUUUAACAUAUAUAUUUUUUGUAAGAUAAGCCAGAAUUCUUUUUGACAAUUCCAGGCUUUUCCAUAGAGCUUAUUUAUACCAUUUUUUUUUCCUUUUUAAUGUGUCAGCACUGUAGUGUAAAUAGCUUUUUUUAAAAAAAAAAUACACACACACAAAACAAAAUGAAACAAAAACAAAAAAAAACUUUUUAGUGUGAUUUAUAUUAAAAUGUGAGCCGCUUAAUAAAGGUUCAUAAUAAUUAUUUUUAUUUUGAAAAAUCUCAGUCCUGGUUUAAAAAAAAAAAGGGAAAUAUUCUUAUAUUAAAAAUGCAUAGAUGUAUUAAGUAAGAUAGAAUUUGUUGUUGAAUUUCCACAAAAUCUUCACCUGGAGAAGAAUAGGAAGGUUCAUUGCCUUUUGGUCGGAUGCUAGACAGUAUGUCGAAACGAAAGCAUAACACUCUUCCUUUUUCCUAUCUUACGAACAUUGGACUUCAGCAAGGACUGAACAUUUGAGUACUCUUGACAGGCAUAUCACUAAAGUGGAGUCCUAAUGAGUGGCAAAUCGUAAAUAAAUACAAAAAAGAGGGAUACAAAAAAGAAUACUACUACAGUUUGCCGGUUAUUUGAACAAAAUAUAUAAAUAGACCCGCAAUGAUCUACUUAAUUCUUUUUCCCCCUGUCCUUUGGUUGGGAACUUAAUUCUGUAACGGCAACAAGCAGACGACAACAAGAAGAGUUUUACAAUAAAUGUAAGAAAGGUGGGGGGGGAAAACAUUUCAUUUCCAACCAAGAUAUAGUGCUGGAUCAAUGUGAAUUUCCCUCAUGCAUCUGGCUAAAUAAAGCUAGGAACAUGCUUAGUUUAAUUCCUUCUGUGCCAGAACUUUAAAAGUUUUCCUUUAUCUAACAGAACACAGAAACAUCUGUCUAUUUCUGACCUUUUAUGGCACAAACGAUGACUUCCAUUAUUCCCAGCAGGGAAUAUAAUAUGAAAAAAUAUCUAUUAUCCACCUGUCUCGUCAAUUCCAUUUUGAGUCCUCAGCUUUGCCAUUCAGGUGAUGACUAUCUUCACAGCAGCCCCUGGCCCCACAAUUGGGUUAAACGCGCAAUAAAACCCGUCCUUGUCGUAGAGUUUCUUAGCUUGUGUUGCUGUAAUUGUAAUUUUAGAGACAAGCAAAUCAUUAGACUUUCAUUUGCGCGUGGAGGUUUUUUUUUUUUUUACGAAGUUUAAUGUGUGAGCCUGAAUCCAAAAUGCCACAGAAGCUGCUGCUGCCAGAAAAAAAGAUUUGAGAAUCAGCUAGCCUUCAGUGGGACCAGGGGAAUCUCUAAUUUAAAAUUGAUCUGCGGUAGGGAAUAUAUACUGCCCUGUUUCUAUACAAAAGAGAGGCAAUAUGAAAAUACCCAGCUGGUGUGCUUUGCUAUACUGUGUGAGUAUAGGUGGAAGUGCCUGGGGUAGGUUCUGAGGUAUACAUUGCAAUUGUAGAACCGUCAACAUUUAAAGAAAAGGCAGAUAUGCAGAGUGAUUAGAUACAAGGAGGGAGAAUAAUUCACCUGUGGUAACCAAACUUUGGGUUAGAAUAGUCCAUGUUCAUGAUUCUUGGCCUCUUCCACUUUUGUGGGUUAUUUUGA